AUGCAAAAGUGGAUUGAAAAACCCUAUGUGGUUGAAUCCUCAGACUCUAAUGAGGAUAAUGAUAAUUAUGAUGCUAGUAAUGAAGAAGAUAGUGAUGAUGAGGACGAUGAUAAUGAUGAUAUUAUUGUUGUAGAAGAUAAUGAUGAUGAGAAUGAUGAUGAUUCAAAAGCUGGUAAUAAAGAAGGGGCUCAUAAGGAAGAAGAUACUGAUAAAGAUGAAGAAGAAUCAAUAGCUGACAUGGGAGAAGACUUCAUUCAGAAUAUGAACUCUCCUCCAAGGUUGAACAAACACUUUCAUUUUUCAACUACUUCUUCAUCCUCUUCCUCUAUUGAUGACACUAUACCUCAUGGAUCAACCCCUCCUGUUGGAGAUACUACCGAUCCAAUGAUCCAAGAUGAACUUUCUCCAAAAACAUCUCCUUCUCCUUAG